AUGCAGAAGCUCAAGAAUACGUGUACUACACUGGAAGACCAACUGGACAAAGUGCAGAUCGCUCUGGAAGAGGAGCGCGAGGAAAAGUACACGAUUCUGAAGAACCGGCAAACCAACCGACUCCUGAUGGAGCUGCGCGAAGAACGCGUUCAAAGGUUGCAGGACCUGGAAGAGAUUUACGCGAAAGACAAGAGAUUGGAUGCUCUGGCAGCUGAAAUGUCGGCUGCUACCCAGGGCAUUAGCCAGGUGAACGAGGAGAUUGCCCAUAAAGAUGCUGAAAUCGUUGGUCUUCGUGCAACUGCGCGAUGCAGCGCAAAAUUGCUCCAGAAAGCAGAACAGGACUUCCUCAUCACGCACCAAGACCUAGAAAACACACAGCUCAAGCUUUUGGAUUGCAAGCGGAAGCUGUCUGUCAAGGAACGCGAGGUGCGCGUCUGGAUCGAGAGGUAUGAACAGGUUAUGAUGGAUCUUCACGCUUCACAAUUCCGCCUAACACAGCUCGCACGAGAUGCGAGUUCGAAGGAGGCUGCUUUGACGCGAGGGCACGCAAUAGACAUCGACAAUCCUGCCAAUGGGGCGGCAAGCCUCCGAGCUCGUCCAGUCGCUUUGAUGAAGCCUGUUGGGCUGCACGAUCGUGCCGUUCGGAAGUAUCGUCGUGAUCAGAUUCCAAACCGUGCGGUAGCAGGCACAGCAAGCAUCACCAAUCUGCAGCCAGUGUCCCACUUAAAACCAGUGCGCUCGGUGGGGUCCCUACCUCAUGUGCAUUCAGAGUCCAUACCGGCUAUUAGUCGUGACUGCUUCCAAUGUACAGCAACAACCCCGCCAGCGAAAGCAAAGAAUAGUCGGUACGUUCUGCUGCCCACAACCAAUAAACUGGAGCGUGUGAUUGCUUACACCCCUCGUCUUAUGGCAGGAGACCCAACAUCACUCGAGAUGAACGCGAUUCACCGUACGAAUUCAGUUUUACACAUUUCAUGCACGACGGGUACUUACUCAUACUCGUUUCUUGCUCACAGUGAAACCCAGCCAGGCUCGAAGUAUCUGGGUUACGGUCUGGGACUUCUCAAGAAGGACCACGUAGUCCCUCCUAACAACCUUUAA